GAUUGAACGAGGCUGACCAUUAUAAAUAAGCAUCUACAUGCUUCCAAGCCAAUAUUUUGCAAUUUAUAUCACUUCACUUCUUCUCCCUCCUUAAAAACUACAGUAAUGCAACCCACUACUCCAAUCUCUCCAGUAUUUUUCGAAGCUCCAUCGCGAAGGGCCACCAUGGCCCAACAAACCCCCGAAGUCGAUACACUCGACCAACUCCAGACCCCACAGCAAGUCGAACUGCUGGACAAGAUCGACGAGCUUCGUAACCAAGGCCUGGGCCACCAUGGCAUCAGUCUCCCACAAUUGAUCGUAUGUGGAGAUCAAUCUUCGGGCAAAAGCUCCCUACUCGAGGGCCUGACUCGCCUGCGAUUCCCUACCAAGGAAGGACUCUGCACUACUUUCGCUACGGAGGUUGUGCUUAGAAAAGAGACGAAUGUUGAGAUAUCAUGUACUAUUACACCCGGCAAAUCGAGAUCGCAGGCCGAGCGACAUGAGCUAUCCAAGUUCAAGCACAUCUUUUCGUCUCGUGAAAACUUCUCCUUUCCGUCCGUUCUCGAAGCAGCCAAAGAACAGAUGGCACAUGGCACAAAAGCGAACCGUGGCCCAUUCUUUGAAGAUGUCCUACGCGUCAAGUACUCCGGACCCGAUCUCCCCUCUCUAACCAUCGUGGAUUUACCGGGCAUCAUCGAAACACAGCUCGAAGGCGGCAGUGGCGCAGAAAGGGUCGUGGAUCUCGUGACGAGCUACAUGCGCGAUGAGAAGUCUAUCAUCUUGGCUGUUGUACCUGCCUGCUACGACCCAGAGAUUCAGAAAGUGUUCAAGUACCUGAAAGAGUUCGAUCCAAAGGGAUCCCGAACUUUGGGCAUCAUUACAAAGCCGGACAUGAUUGAACGUGGAGGCGACAACGAGAAAGAGUUGAUGAGGCUGGCGAAGAAUGAGAAGUAUCCACUCCAGCAUCGCUGGCAUGCAGUCAGGAACCGAAGUUUUGUGACAAGGGAGCAAACCGAUGCUGAGCGCGAUGCGACUGAACGAAAGUUCUUCAGCGAUGGUAUCUGGUCCCACUUUCCCUCAGAGGAUGUUGGAAUAUCAUCUCUACGAGUCAAGCUAUCGCGAGUGCUACUCGAACACAUCGGCAAAGAGCUCCCGUCACUCGUGGCUGCUGUUCAGGGUGCUAUCACAUCUACACAGCAUGGUCUGAAAGCACUGGGAGAUGCUCGCGAGACCAGUAGACAACAACGUAGCUACCUUACCGGACACGCCGAAAAAUUCCAAAUGCUUACGCACGACGCGCUUAGGGGCAUCUAUAGUAACCCCUUCUUUGGCCUAUCAUCACCAGAUGAGCGGACACCGACCCGACUACGGACUGAGAUCCAGAAUAUGAACAUCGCCUUUACGCAUAUCAUGUAUCGCAAAGGUCACACCUGGGAAAUCGCGAAUGAUCAGUCAUCCGAACCAUUCGUGUCAAGCGCCGCCGUGGCUUCGUUCCAUUCUUCCCAGGAGUACGAUGCAUGGUUUCAAGACCCAGCUUGGAUCAGCAGAGCAGAGUUCCUCGAAAAACAUGUAGGCGAGUAUGUUCGCCAGAGUCGACCGUCAGGCCUUCCAUCCCUCGUGAACCCAUGGGUAAUUGGCGAAGUCUUCCGUCAGCAAUCCAUGGGUUGGCGCGAGAUCGCUCAGCGUCAUCUUCAGCGCAUAUUCGAAGCCGUGAAAGACUAUAUCGAAGAAGCGCUAGGAUCCCUGGUUGACCCUCGGACUUGCAGCAUGCUAAUGCUCAAGCAAAUUCAGCCUGAGCUGGAUAGACGUUGGCGUAGCGUCGAGGCAAAGCUAGAGGAGCUUUUAGUGCCUUACACAGAACAGGAUCCGAUCACAUAUGACCCUGGCUUUGUUCGAGAAAUCGAAGAGACGAGAGCAGCACGAUAUCGUCUUUCCGCUUCUCAGACUGGAAGUACAGCCACAGUGGGAGCUCGCGGACUGCAACAUAACUCAGUGACUUCUCGAGGUUCAACGCGUUAUCUUCUGACUGAGUCGAUUGACGGCUUCACGAACUCAGAGAUUUUAGAUCUGAUGCAGACAUACUAUAAGCAUGCUAUCUCCGUGUUCAUCAACAACAUCGCCGUAUUAGCUAUCGAGAACUGUCUGAUCAAGAACCUCUCCGGUAUAUUCUCUCCUUCACUGAUCACCGACUUGAGCGACGAGAAAUUGCAUGCAAUUGCCGCCGAGUCAGACGAAGUGCGUGAAGAGCGCGACUCCCUUCGCCAGAAGCUGGGCGCCCUCGAAAGUGGCAAAGACAUCCUGAAUGAGCACAUCGCGAUGAGACCUACAGCACGAACAGCAAAGAAGGUCAGCCCGCCCAGGUCACGUACUAGCGUGAAAGAUACAAGGCCUCGUACACCAGUUUCACAACGAGACGAGGACGACGACGCGAAAAGUGUGCAUUUGGCGGAAGUGGAGGACUUAACAGCACAGCUCGAUAACCUCGUCGUUACUCCGCCUUCUUCAUCUGGCUCGAAGCACAAGCGCCCUCGAGUUGAUUCUGUUACUGCAUCGCCGACUCCCAAGGGAAGUGGAAGGAAGCGCUCGCCGUACGGCUGGCCCCCAAGGCACGACGUUCCUAGACCGACAAUCGAGAAUGGUUCCGACGAGGAUGAUUGAGCUAGCUGGAGCUGCGACAUUGGAAAAGCCAACUAAGGUAAUAAUGCUACUCUGGCGUUUUUGAACCGACUUUUACUUCCUUUUGUUCCCUACUUACAAAUAGCGCAUGUAAAAUUACUAGACGUUCUUCCUGUCUCGUUGGUCCUCUCUUCUCACAAUAGAUGUUCUUAUUCCUUCUGAAAUGAUACCG